AUGUCGGACAAGCAAAAGGGCAUCUCGCUGCGCAAGAAGCGCGGCGACAAGAGCAAGAAGAAUGCGCCCACCAUCAGCGCCCCGCGCCAGAUCAGCGCCCCCAUGCCUGCCGGCGCCGGUGCUGGCAUAGGCGCCGCAACGCUGUCCUCGUCUGCCCGCCCCUCGCAGGACUCGAGCCGCUCGCGCAGCCGCGGCCCCCAGGACGAUGGCCGCAACCCCCAGCAGCGCGGGCAGCGCGCCGACAAGACGGCCGACCUGGUCAAGCGCCGCUACUCGCAAAAGGUCAUGCAGCUGCCCACCGACUUCCCCGGCGCCGGCGCCCCCAUGCCCGACCUGCCCCAGAUCCCCAGCCAGUUCAGGGACAAGAGCCAGACGCGCGACCUCCGCGACCUCCGCGACCCCCGCGACCCCCGCGACCCCCGCGACCCCCGCCGGGACAGGAGCGCAGACGCGCGCGGGCCCGGCCUCCAGGUCGACAUGCGCGCCCUGCGCGACCCCAGCCUGCAGGCCGAGCAGUACGUCGCCUCGAUGCUCGCCGACGCCGACGACGACGACAUCCGCCGCUACCAGGGCGAGCUGCGCAAGGCCAAGCACCGCACCUCGCUCGACCUCCAGACCAACGUCUACCAGAACCGCACCCAGUUCAUCAAGAUCAGCAACGAGGCCGAGAAGCUCAAGGGCGAGAUGCGCACCUUGCGCCAGCUCAUGUCCGACCUGACCACCACCCUCGACCAGACCGUCUCGGCCUCGCCCACGCCCAACGGGGACGCCGCCGUGAGCGCUCGCAGGGCCAACCGGAGCUCCAUUGGCGACCUGAACCAGAUCCGCGCCGCCCAGCUGCAGCAGCUCUACCGCGACGUCGAGGGCUCGCAAAAGUACCUCCCGCCCAUCCCCGGACGCUACAUCGUCUGGAAGUCACGCAGGUGGUUCGAGCUGGACUCGGCCACCCUCAAAGCCCGCCGCCGCGUGCGCCUGCUGCUGCUCAACGACCACCUCCUCAUCGCCGCCGAGAAGAAAGCCCGCAACGACGUCGCCGCCCAGCGCGACCGCAACCGUUCCGCCGUCGAGUAUGUCGCCCAGCGCUGCUUUCCCCUGCAGGACGUCCAGGUCUCCCGCGCCCCAGAAGAGCGCGUCAUUGUCCGGGCAGGCAACGAAUCCUUCACCUACGACACCAAGCAAGAGGACACCGGCGACAAGAUCACCUUCCUGUCCACCUUCCGCAAGACCAACGACGACCUGCGCAAGAGCCAGGAAGCCGAGGUCGAGGAAAAGGACCGAGCGCAGGACAGCUACAACCACAUGCUCUCCCGCGAUCCCGCUCUGCGUGCCCAAACCGAUCUUCUGGAGAACCUGAACGACGGCGUCAGCCACAACGUCAGCACCUUCGUCGACAUCGACGGCCAGACGCGCAACAUCCGCUGGGUCGAAACACAGCUCGACGAGCUGGACAUUGAUAUUGCACUGCAGCAUUUCGGGAACGCAGUAUCCAAAGUCGAGAAACUCAAGACCCUAUCGCAAAACAUGAGGGGCAACGAGAUGGCCAAGACGAUAGUCACAAUCAAAGUCAACGAGCGCGCCGCCAAACUCGCAAAUGUGCUGGUUCGCCAGCUCGCCGAGGGAAAUACGUGGAACGGUCCGAUCAACCAGCAUGUCACUUGGGUGAACCGUCUCGGCUUCGAAGACCGUGCUCGAGAAGCCUACCUAGAAGCUCGAAGCAGCCUAGUCAAGGCGCGCUCACGACAAUGCACGUUCGAAGGCAACCUCCCGGACUACAUCUUCCAGAUCUCCUACAUCUACUUCCUCAUCAUCAAGAACACCGUCUCCACCUUCCAGACCUGCUUCCCGCAACCGCUCAUGUCAGCCUGUGUCAAGUGGGCCAAAGAACACAUCGAUCACUUCAACGUCAUACUGAAGAGGCAGCUGAGCAGUGUCGAGAGGGAAGGGGAAACGUGGAACCAGUGUUUAGAAUUAGCGCAGGAACACGCUGCCAUGCUGAGGGAGGUGGGGCUGGACUUCUCCGAGUUGGUGGGGAGCACCGUUGCAGAUGAAGACAGUGCGAGAACGUUGCAGCCACAAGGGCCUGUAGGAUUGGGCGUGCUGUAA